AUGAGUAAAUUGGAGCUGGAUACCAAAAUGAGCAAAAGCAGCAGCCGCUCAUCAACGUCCUCCUCCGCCAGGCGCAACGUUGAAGCAGAGAAAGCUGCACUUUUAGUACAGGCUGAAGGUUUGAGAAAAGCACAAGCUCUCGAAAGAGAAGAAGCUAAAUUAAAGGCUGAAAGAGAGAUGUUGGCCAUCAAAACACAACUUGCUGCUGCAGAAGCAAAACUCAAAACUUAUGAACUCAUGAGCGUGAGUGAAGGAAGCAACAAAUCAAGGCUUCGGAAAGACACAGAAUCCCACGAUGAUUAUGAUAAAUUCAAUAAUGGGCUUGAUGUUGAAGACUAUGACCGGCAUAUUAAGAAUGAAAGUGAUGAUGAUGAUGACGAUGAUGAUGAUGAUGGUGAAUAUGGUGUGGAUAAUGAAGAAGAGGAUGAUGAUGAUGAAGAGGAGCAGAGAGGAUUCAAACUUUCCAAAUGGGUUUGUAACAGCAAGAGGGUACUGGCACAAAUACCUGAAGAGGAGCGUGCCACGGAAAUAAAAGAUCUUGACCUGGACAAGGGAAGCUUGCAUGUUGAAAGAGCUCUUGGGUCUAUGAUCCCAUAG